AUGAUCACAGCAGCUGUGGCUGCAUCUAUGGAACAGGCCUUCUCUAAGUCGUUCCAGACGGAACAGGAUGCACCUAAGCCCAUCCCCAAACGGGCUCAUUAUGGGGUGGACUCUGAAGACUUCGACUCUUCCAGAGAAUGCUCCCACCUACCUAAACGUCACUGGAAAGGCGAGGCCACUGGACCACGUAAGUCCAAAGGAAAGGCCCCUGCUAAACGCAGAAGAGCCACGAGCCAUACGGCCCACAGACCCAUACAGGUUUCCUCUGGGGAGGAAGACACAGGGCCAACACAUGCACUUGCCGGGCUUGACGAAUGGCAGGGGGUAGUCUCCGACCAGGAGGACUCAGACUGGGACUCCGCUGCCAACUCUGACCCUUAUCUCGACCAUGGAUAA